AUCCUCCAUUACACCCGGGUCAAGCGUCUGUCUUUGCUUCUAGGAGGUCGGGCUCCUCCUCGGGCCUGUAGCGUCGAGCAGGCCCCGCUGCACAGCUCGCUAGUGCUAAUGCUAGUGCUAAUGCUAAUGUUUGCCCGCGCCUUCAGUGAGCGGCUCCCCGCAGAACAAACCAUCUUUACGGCCUAAAAAAACCCGAUUAGAGAUUAAUCCUCCGACCAGUUCUGGUUAAUUCCCAUGUGUUUAAUAUAACGCUAGUAAAUACUCAUCAUAAUCUACAGGGUAACGUCUUAUGUCUAUAUGUUGAUAGUAAAGUUUAAUUUGAAUUUGAAAAGCUGCAACCAGAAAAUAUUUGACAUCUUAUUUUACAACGAUCAGUAAUAAUCAAGGAUACGAUCAUGUUGUAAAUAAGCAGUACAGUUUAUUUCCAGUUGAGCUGAUCAAGACAAUCAUCCAACAGAAAUAUUAUGUUGUCGAUUCAUCGUAUGGGGGAAAAAAAAUUUGAACAGUGACUGUGAAUUUUUUGUUUAAUGUCCAAUGUGACAAACUAUAAACCUGAUAAAUGCACAGUUUACUAUUAAUAAUAAUAAGAGGCCGAAAAUUCACCAAGAAGUGACAUGUGGAUUCAAAAUAUUCAAUUAUUAGAUAUUAAAUCAAUAAUAGAAUCAUUGCAGCCAGUACAGAUAAACAUACACAUGUCUGAUAAUUGAGUUUGAUUGAUGAGUUGACUGAAAAAUACCAAGCAUUAGCCUUGUUCUGCUUUUUUUCUGUUUUACAUUAUGACAAAUAUGAACAUUCGUCCUAUCGAUAUUUUACUGAUUACAUCGAACUGUAACUGAGAUUUAUCAGCUUUGGUAAAAUGUUUGUUACGUCUCUAUGUGGCAGUGAAGAGCUGAGGUAGGAAACUCUCAAAAACUGAAAUGGAUAAAUAGGAGGAAUUAAUGCAAAUCUCAUGAUCAGUGCCUCCCUUAGAAGACCCAGAUCCCUCUAGGAUGCCUGGAUGAAGUAUUUUUCAUUUGACUAGGAAAUAAUUGUCCUCUGCUUUGUAUUCUCUUCUAUUGAAUUACAUCUGGCUACUGUGCAGGUAGGAAAUGUCCUGCUUUUCAGGCAAGAUGAAGACAUCACAACCAUCUAAUGAGAAGAAGGUCUAAACAUGAGUGAUUGGCAGUAUUGCUUAAUUCUCAACCGUGUGGACACAUUUGUGGAAAUGAUUUGAACACACUAAAGAUAUUGUUUGAACCCAGUCUUAUCUCAGUAUGAAAUCAUGUUUGUCUCUGCAGAAGAAAGUGUGUUUUGUUUCUCAUAAUCCAUCAUUAGCUCCGUUGUCCCUGGGGACACAGACUCAGUGUAAACAUGGCUUGGUGGGUCUCCUUGUUUCUAUUCUUUGCACAACAUAUCUGUAUUUUUUUCCAGUGACUCUCCCUUGCCUGUGACUUCACGUGUCUGUUUUGUAAAGUUCCUUGAGUCUGAAUCGGUGGGAGUUUCUCAACACCUGACGAACACCGUCUUCGUGGACCGAGCCUUGAUCGUGGUCCCCUUUGCUGAAGUGGACAAGUCAUUUGCAGAGAGCCCCUUCCCUGCUGGCUGAAAGUGGUCCACUGCUGCCAUCAGGAGAUUAGAAAAAAAUAAUGGCACCAGGCUCGCAAGCCGCCUUCUCUCUCUUGUUCUGCAGUAAAAUAUUAACUCUUUAUUUUUCUCUCUCUGUUCAAGGCAUCUUUUCUUUGAAAAUAAGAAUAGCCACAUGACUCUUAAGUCAAUUGAGGGGGUUGGGGACAGGGUGCAGGGCAAUCUCAAUUCCUCACGUUCAAGUAUUUCAAUUUUUCCUCAAAUUAAAUGUUGACAAGUAGGCAUGCAGCGACCUAGGGAUGCCCCGAGCAGAUCUGACCUGAGGCCGAUUAAGGCAUUAAAAAAAAAAAAAUAGAUCUACUGUCAAGCUUGAACCAUUUCUUAUCCUGUUUUUAUAUUUUUCAACCAUUUUUCCACUUUGGGUAAAACCACACUAACACUCACUUCACCGCUAGUUCAGCCACAGUUUGCCAUCGCACAGCACUGACACUGAUAUUUUAUGCCACAUAAUAGGAAAGCAUCAAGUACUCCGUACUGACACACAGGUAUUUUCAGUAACUGGCUGAUUAGAGCUAUUUUUUGGUUCAAGUUGGACCGGGCUCUGGGAGGAGUUUGCUGAUGUCAUCAAACUCCAGGUGUCCCGCUCAAAUAGGUGCAAGAAAACUAAGCAGGCGAGGGAGAUGUCAAUCAUUCUUACAGGCCCACACUGUCCUGGGGUGGGGGGGGGUGCAAUCAGCCCAACAGGCUAGAAAACCUGUGAGUUUACUGUGGGAAUCCUUUUUUUUUUUUCGUAAUGCAGAGCUGUUCAGAACUCCCCUGACUGUUUAGACUGAGUGUACAGUACAAAUACAAGACAAAAGAAAAAAUAUAAAUACUGGAUCAGGGCUUGGUAUUGGCAGAUUUUUAUUAUUAACUUGCUCAGAUUGGAAAUAAAGGGAAAUGUUCGGGACCUCCCUACACCACAAAGCAUGCAAGAUAAAUUAACUAAUCAGCUCUGCAUGCAAGACUAGAUUUCCAAAGUGUGCUAUCGUCUACACAGUCGAUUUUGUGGAAGUAAAUAAGCAUAUAAUUUGGUUAUUAAUGAUAAGCGCACAAGCUGCCUUUGGCUUUUACUUGCUUCAUGUGCCAAAGCAUCAUAGUAUUUUAGACUGUGCAGUUGUGUUCCCAAAUUUCCACUAACAUACAAGCUAAAAAGUAGUGUUAUCAGCCUCUGCUUGAUGUUGCAGUAAAAAUGCAUAUUUUUUUAAUUGACCCUCUCCACACAUGACUCUGACAGAGUUGAGUGAAUCUCACGUUUAACGGUGGUGUUUCUUUUGUUGUUGUGUUUUACAGUUCUUUUUCCUGGUUCAGCCAGCCCCCUAUAUACCAGGCCCUGCUGAAAAUGCCACCAACAGUUUUGUCUUCUGCAGCCUUAUCCUGUUCUCAAGUGUCCUUUCUGUUGUGCGUGUGUGUGUGUGCGCGUGUGUGUGAGCGUGUCUCUCUCUCCCCCCCUCUCUCUCUCCCCUCAUUUUUUCAAAAACAUGUAAAAAUGUCAGUUUAAAAAUAGCCCGUUUUCAGAUUGCACAACCAUGGAUGAUCAUCUCCUUUAAGAUUUUGCUGUUUGGUUUUUCUUCAGCUUUGGGCACAUUUUCCAUGAUUUUUGCUGGCACAAGCCCAUAACUGUUUAGUGCAGAUUAUCUUGGACAUUGUGUAUUUAUACUGUGACAUACUGUUGGCUAACACCAGUUCUGAAGCUUAUUAGUAUUUUAUCAUGUUGCAAAUCAGCCUUUUUGUCUUUGUUAUUCUGGUGGUAUUGUACAAAGUAACCACAAUCAAAAGCCCAGAAAAGGUAAAAUGACUGAACCUUUUCUGUUUUUUUUUGUAUUGGUAGUGGUAAGUGAUGUUGAAAUGUACCCUUGUGUCUACACCCAAAUCAUGAACUUUGUUUUCUGUAUCUCAAUGUUUUUGUGUGCUUUAUAGCGAAGCAGCCGGCGCGAGUCGCUUGUUCAUAAAACAUCUAAUGAAAGUUGAGAGCACAUCCCACGGGACAACUGGCUGUGCUUGCUUACGUUUGGUUCAUGACUUAAAAAACAAGUACAGGUGAUAAAAUCUUGGCAGUGUUGACCACAGUGUGUAUUGUGACUUUUAGACUCAUAGCUGCUAAUCCUACAAUCAUACUUUGACACAAAAAAAAGUCAGGGAUCAAGAUUUACAGACGAGACAAAAAGUGGUAUUAUUUUUAUUUUAUUUUUCACAAAAGUGUAGUUAGACUAAGGAGGCUUGUCUGCAAGUCUUGAGUGUUUAUUGAUUCUAUGCUCCGAGUAUAUAUUGAAAUGCUGUUGUUCUUCUCCAGGAGUCAUUCCUGAUGAAUCUAAAGCUAUGUCGCUGCUGGCUCCAGCCAACGCCGUGGCAGGAAUGAUGCCUGGUGGAGGCCUUCUCCCAACACCCAAUCCUCUGGCAUCAAUGGGCGGGACGCCAUUUGGAGGUCUGGGAGGUCCCAACAUGGAGCAAAUGGCUGCCAUGGGAAUGCAGGGACCAAACAUGAACCCCCAGGCUCUUUCUGCAGAUUUUCUGAAGCUCAUGCAGUCCAUGGAUCCCAAAUUGAAUUCAUUAGCAGCCGGACUGAACUUGAAUCCAGGGCUGAAGAGCGACGCCUCCAACAAGGAGAUUGAAGAGGCUAUGAAGAGAGUCCGAGAAGCUCAGUCUCUCAUUUCUGCAGCCAUCGAACCUGGAAAUAAGAAAGAUGACAAGCGUAAACAUUCCCGCUCCCGUUCACGCUCUCGGCGCAGGCGGACCAGAUCUCGCUCAAGACACAGACGUUCGAAGAGCAGGUCUCGGCGAAGGUCCCAUUCUCGGAGUAGGAGGAGGUCCAAGAGCCCACGAAGGAGGAGGUCCCACUCCCGGGAGAGGAACCGCCGCAGCAGGUCAAGGGACAGGAGAAAGGAGGAAAAGUCUAAGAAAAGGUCCAAAACGCCUCCUAAGAGCUACAGCAGCGCCAGGAGAUCUCGAAGCAUCAGUCGGCGACAUAAGCGAAGCCGCAGUGCGUCUCGAUCCCCCAAGAGGAAGGUGUCCCGCUCUCCAUCACCCAAACGUCACAAGAAAGAGAAGAAGAAGGACAAGGAGCGCGAGAAGGAGCGGGACAGAGGCAGGAGGGAGGACAGGGACCGCAGCAGAGACGAAAGAGAACGUUCCACCAGUAAAAAGAAGAAGAGCAAAGACAAGGAACGGGACCGAGAACGCAAGUCAGACAGCGAGAAAGGAGACGUCAAGGUGACCCGGGAUUAUGACGAGGAGGAACAAGGUUACGACAGUGAAAAGGAAGUGGAGGAAGAUGAUGACGACGAGAGGAAGAGCGACUCCGACUCGGCCUCGUCUCCCAAAGGCCAAGAGGAGAUGGAGCGUUCCGAGGGUCAGAUUCCCAAAAAGUCCAAACAGAACGGAGACGAUCACCAUCAGGAAGACAUGGAGAUGAGUGAUUAAAAAAAAAAACACCCCCAGAGAGUGACCACGGCAACGUUAUCUUUCCACUGUCCUUUUAUAUUUUUAAUAUCGGCCACAACAUGUCUGUGCCUGAUCACACGGUUAAAAAAGAUUUGUUGUCUUAACUGUAGACGCCUUGGGGAGGGAGGGGUGUAGAGGAAAACAGUCCAUUCAUUUUUGUAAAGACGUGAGAAAACGAGGACUAAAAUAUGAAUAACACGAGACCUGUUUUUAAAUUGUCUUCAUGUACUUUUUUAAGAUCCUGUUUAUUUUUGCUUUGAGUUCAGAUGUUGUCUUCCUGACGGUAGAAUACGCAGCGUUUUCCUCUGAUCGGCUGCAUUUGUAAAUAUUUUACUGGUCAGGACUGAAUCUUUCCCUCAGACUGUUAGUGACGCAGCACCAGCUUCCGGUUUCUUUUAUUUUCCUCUUUGGUUGCGGAACCAUUUUUGCUUCAACUGUUAUGCACCCAGUGGUUGUUCAGCUGACCUUCCUAUUUACAGCGCUUUGUAAUUGUACACUGUAGACUGAAUAUGUUGCAAUGAAAUACUUUGUCUGCAAUAGGUUUUCCAAAGGAAACGAAUAAAAUCUGAUCCGACUGUC